UAUUGACAUUUGAAUCCGAAUCAUAUCGCGCGCUCGCUGCGUUGUUUAACAACUCUUAAUUUAUUGUUUUAUAUAAAUAAAAACAAUGAUAUCGAGUGCACGCACUGCUAGACUAGCCCGAGAAGUGAAACUUUUUCAGUCCAAACCGCCAUGGGGCGUGAAUUGCCACCCGGAGAAAGAAGAUCAGUAUGAUGUGUUACUGGUAAAAAUGCUUGGACCCAAGGGUUCUCCGUACGAAAACGGCUCGUUCAAGCUUACUAUGACCAUUCCGGAGAAGUAUCCAUUCGAGCCGCCUAUCGUCAAAUUCAUAACACCAGUUUACCAUCCGAAUAUUGAUAAAGGUGGCCGUAUCUGCAUGGACAUGUUAAAAAUGCCUCCCAAAGGAGCGUGGCUGCCCACGAUCACACUAGAAACUCUACUCAUCUCCAUACAGACGUUACUCGCUAACCCGAACCCUGACGACCCUCUGAUGCUGGAUGUGGCUAAUGAAUAUAAAUAUGACGUUGAUAAAUUUAUGGAGAACGCAAGGUUACAUACAGAUAAAUAUGCUGUAGAGUUGUAAUAUUAACACAUUCAAUGCCGAAAACCUGUAUCUGUAUUUUGAUUUCAUUCCCAGGCCGGAUAACCCGAUAGUCAGGAUCGUGGUACAACUGCUUUAUAUGACGAAAUUGCUGUGGCUGCGUCUUUUUUGGCUGGGUGGCAAUGAAUGUGUUAAUUCUAGUCUUAUAUAUCAUUUUAAGUUAUCUAAAGUGGUUGGUAGUACAUACAUAGUGCAUAAUUAUUUUCCAUUGUAUUUUCACGGAAAUGUAUGAACAUGUCUUGCUAUUUCAGAUAGGCUCGGUACAAAAAGUUCUGAGGUACAGUCACCUGCAAUAAUAUGUUACUCUUCGAAGGCCGCAAAUAUAUUUGGCACACUUAUGGUUCUACAAAUAAGAUUGUGUCAGAUAUUUUUGCAGCCUUUGAUGCGUAACAUAUUAUUGCAGGUACAUGACAAAUAAAUAUCUUUAGUAGUUGUAUAGUUUCAUAAAUACACUAAUUCUAAAAAAAAAGACCAUUUUCCCUAAUCAUUUAAAUUUUAUUAAAAUAAGUUAGCAUAAGUUUUAUUUCGUAAACAAUAUCUCAGCUGGUAACUGUUACAUUAGUAAAUAAACAAUUAUUUUAUUA